CCCUAGGUUUGGUGAUUAAGAAGAAGAAGACACAAUUGCUUGCUUUUAUGGAAUCAGUGAGCAAUUCAGAUUCUACCAAACAACAAAUGCAAAUGCAAUUGUCAGUUGUUGGCUCUGAAGCUGCAGCACACUCAUCAGGUGCAACUGAUCAAUCACCUUCUCCAGAUUCUUGCGUAAGUCAGGGAUUUGAAGGAAACAGAAACUUGCAAAUCUCCGACGGUUUCUCGACUCGACUGGCAAUCACAGCACAAGGUUGUCACACUGCUCAUGGAAGCAGCACAGUGGGUUCCUCCAGUGGCAAUUCUGCCCCACGGAACAGGCAAUUCUGGAGUGCUGGGGAGUAUGAAGAUCUACCAAACACUGGACUAGCACACCGCAGAGACGGUCGAAACCGUCUGUGUGUCCAUCCAAAGUUUCUGCAUUCGAAUGCUACUUCACACAAAUGGGCCUUUGGAGCAAUAGCAGAACUUCUUGAUAACGCAGUCGAUGAGGUAACACCUAUAGCUUUCUCUAAUCGAUAUAGGGAACUUGUUUAUUUGUUUCAUUAUGUGAUCCAGAUACAGAAUGGAGCUACCUUUGUCAAAGUGGAUAAGUUUAUUAGUCCACAUACAGGCAGCCUAGCAUUGCUAGUUCAAGAUGAUGGUGGCGGAAUGGACCCAGAAUUCUUGCGGCGUUGCAUGAGCUUUGGUUUUUCGGAUAAACAAGCUUCUUCAAACAUUGGACAAUAUGGAAAUGGCUUCAAGACUAGCACAAUGAGACUUGGAGCAGAUGUGAUUGUUUUCACUCGCAACAAGAAGGGAAGUGAGCUGACUCAAAGUGUUGGUCUCCUAUCAUACACAUUCCUGAGGCAAGAAGGUUACAACGACAUCGUAGUCCCAGCAGUGGAUUACUCCUUGGAUUCCUCCCGCGGUGUAUUAACUAGAAUACAUCGCAAAGAUCGAGGACAAUUCUUUUCCAAUUUAUCAGUGAUGCUGAAAUGGUCUCCUUUCCCCACAGAAUCUGAGUUGCUGAAGAAUUUCAACGAUAUCGGGGCUCAUGGCACUAAAAUAAUCAUAUACAAUCUGUGGUACAAUGACGCAGGGGAUACUGAACUUGAUUUCGAGUCUGAUGAAAAGGAUAUAUUAAUAAGUGGGGCUCCAAAGAAAGCAGCUACGCGUAACGUCCUUGUGCAGGUUACACAGAGCCAUAUCGCAAAGACACUUCGCUACUCUCUUCGAGUAUACUGCUCGAUUCUGUAUCUGCAUGUACCUGGUGACUUUAAGAUCAUCUUGCGUGGUUCAGAGGUCAAGCACCAUUACAUAGCCAGAGAUCUCAAAUACUGCGAAUGCGUCAAGUAUCGACCACAAGUUGGUGGAAAGAUAGAGGGUGAGGUUGUCACCACAAUUGGAUUUUUGAAAGAAGCUCCAUUUGUCGAUAUUCAUGGAUUCAAUAUAUAUUAUAAGAACCGUUUAAUCUUGCCCUUUCAUCGAGUGGCAUCUCAGUCGGGAAGCAAAAGUCGAGGUGUUGUCGGUGUACUUGAAGCAAACUUUAUCAAACCUACACAUGAUAAGCAAGGUUUUGAAAGAUCAAAUCUUUAUCAAAAGCUUGAAGUUAGAUUGAGAGAAAUGACAAAUGAAUAUUGGGGGUGUUAUUCCCAUCUGAUUGGUUAUACAAAGAAAGUUUCUGAUUCAUCAACACCUCAAGCUGCCAUUGCCCAUCCAUUGCCAUUCUCUUCUUCCUCCGGUUGCGACAUUAAGCCCAUCGCUGUUAACCCUCAAAUGUUAACAGACAACACUAGCAAAUCCUCUCAAUCAUCAACAAUUACUCCAAAUAUGUCUUUAAUUAAUGAUUCCAACACAUUCAACCAUGGACAAGCUAUCACCAAGCAGAUUGCAAGUCCAGUACUAGUUGGAAUGAAAAGAGAGAGGAGACAUGAAGAGUCUCUUGCUGAAACUGAACCUCGUCAAAAGCAGGCACGUUGUAGUAGCACUGGGACAGAAGUUGAGCUACAUAAUUGUGUCGGACAGCGACAAGUUGUGGAUAUAAAAGCCUUGAUGCAACAGAAUAAGGAAAUAGAGAAAGACUGCUUAGAGCAUGAAAAGAUACAGAGGGAGCUCUUGUUCAAGAUUCAGGCGCUCAAGCAUGAGCUUGAGCAAGUUCAGCAACAGCACGAGAGAUUGUUCAGCGGACUCCUAGUUAGCAAUGCCAUGAAGACGGAGAAAGUAUGAAGUUUGAGACCACACCUCCUCGUGAUAGCAAAUUCGAAUUUACAAGAACCGGUACAUAGUAGAUUAGACCACAAGUUCAAAGAAAAAAUGGAAAAAAAUAUUGUUGUAAAUGUAUAUGUAUCACUCACAAUUUGUGUACUUAGGUUAGUCGUAUUCCGAAAAGUUCUAUUUCGGGUAAUCGACUACGAGAGUAUAGUCUUUUGCCGGAGCUUCUUUGAGGUUUAGAUUA